AUGGCUUCUUCGGUGCGUAUGGAGCGUCUACGCAAGCUCGUCCAAGCAGAUGUGGAUGCACUGCCGGAUCGCGCCGUCUCGCCAGAAGCUGAUUCUGCGUCUGUGGGCGACAGCGAGGGCACUGGUGGCGUUUCUCUGGAGCUCGAGCAGUCAAAGACGUCUCCUAACGAGCAAAUUCCGCCCAACAACACUAACUCGCCUACAAAGGAAGCACGUGCAGCCUCAGACGCUGAGGGGAACCCUGAACGAAAAUUCAUUUGGAUCAAAGACGCCGCAAGCUCGUACAAUCCGGCGCCUAUGCCACUGCUGCCUACCGGCCUUCCCAGGGCUGCAACUAAGCCCCCAGUUAACCACCUCCAGCCCGGCGACCUUACGUCCGCUGGCCACUUCUUCACACCCAUUCAGGCACUAGCCAAGUAUCCAUACAAGUUCUGCAACAAGGAUCACAUGCAAGCGAUUGCCUCGUGGUUUUUCGCUCACGGUAAAUUCUGGGAGCGCGAGUGGGACUUAUACUACGUCUGGGACGUCAAGCCUACCAAACCCGUCAUCCUUGUUCGUGAGAGCCAAGUGUACGCUUUGUUGAAGGAGAUCAACGAUCAUCUUAAGCUUGCUCUUCGUAUCACCAAUCAGCAACGCGAAGAAGGCCUAGUCUCUUGCUUUCCAGAUCAUCCACGCUGUCUUCCUCGUUAUCUCGGGCGCUCCCACUCGCGCGAGGAUUACGACAACAUGGUCGAAAACACUCCAAAUGACAUGUUCCGCGCUGCAGGCGAGCCUUCGCAUCCUCCACUUGAGGGCCAUACCUUGGAAGACUUCAAGCAGCAGAUGGAGGAGCUGGCCGACAUCCAGAAAGCCAAGAAUAAAGCCACGAGGGCAAAGAGGCAGCUAGAUCGACACGGCAAACAGAGGUCUAUGGCGGAUCAGUUCAAGCGCACACAGCGAUAUCUCGGUCUACGUCCUGGUAUGAUGGAUGUCACAGCACAACCGCCUUCACUAGGCGCUGUCGACCCGAUGUCACCCGCUCCGUUCAUCUUUGAUCAGUCGGUGGUGUUUGUCUGCGUCGAUGCUGAGUCUUACGAGAGGGCUCAUCACAAGAUUACAGAGAUUGGCGUGGCUACGUUGGAUACCCGCGAGUUGAUAGGGGUUGCACCCGGUAUUGAUGGCGCAAACUGGAGGAAUCUUAUUCGUGCCCGUCACUUCCGAGUCAACGAAUACCGCCACUUGGUCAACACCGAUUUCGUCACUGGCUGUCCCGAUAAUUUCGACUUCGGCCAGUCGACUCUUGUGAAUUUGGAAGACGCCGCGCUGCACGUUGCUGCUUGCUUUCACCCACCUUUCGGCGCGCAUCAUUCCAACGGCGUUUCGGACAUUGCGACCCUAAUGAGUAAUACAGACGUCAACGAGAAGCGCAACAUCAUCUUCCUUGGUCACGACACGUUAGGCGACGUUAAAUAUCUUCAACAGCUGGGUUACGAUCCGAUGAUGGUGGAAAAUAUCCUCGAAGCUUUGGACACUUCAGUCAUGUACCGGGUCUGGCGCCGCGAACAGCAGCCUACAAGCUUGGGCAAGAUUCUCUUGGCAUUCGACAUUCCUGGUUUCCAUCUCCACAACGCAGGCAACGACGCUGCCUUUACUGUUCAGGCUAUGUUGGCUAUCUGCGUUCGCGAAGCCGCCAUUCGUGGUUCUACCGAACUCGACAAUAUGCGAAGCGAAGAGAAGGCUAUCAGAUUGGCAGCUGCCAUGGACGAUGCGAAACAAAGGGUAGAGGAGGAAGCAGAGGGCUGGAGCGACCAUGAAGCCGAAGGAGACGGUGGUGCACCCGUACCACUUUCCGCAAAUGAUGCACCAAAGCCGGCCCCAGCACAGGUCAACUCUUUCGAUCUCAACAGUCGCGGUAAUGGCCGCGGUAAUGGCCGCGGUAGAGGACGCGGUCGAGGAGGCCCCACGUAUGACUACCCAAUCUCCAGCGAUACCUACCGUGGAGGUGGGUAUCGAGGCUCAGGUCGCGGCCAAUUGAACGGAAGAGGUCGAGGUUCUAAUUCUGGACGGGGUGGUGGUUACGUCGACUUCUCUCCUCAGGCAACAUACCAUUGGUGA